CGUGCGUGACGCCGCUGGGGCGGGGCCUCGGGACCUGGUUCCUGACAGCCGCAGCUUGGCAUCCCGGAGGGAGCAUGGGGACCCCUACGGGCGCCGCCACCCGUCCCGUGGGCGCGGGAACUCUGGCAGGCGUGGGGGCCCCGCCGGGCUUGCAGACCGACUGCGAGACGCUGCUCAGCCGCUUCCAAGAGAUGGACAGCGUGCGCUUCGAGGACUUCGCGGAGCUCUGGCGCAGCAUGAAGUUCGCGACCAUCUUCUGUGGCAAAAUGAGGAACUUAAAAAAGAACAUGUUUACAAAAGAGGCCUUAGCUCUGGCCUGGCGCUAUUUUUUGCCUCCAUACACCUUCCAGAUCAGAGUUGGCGCUCUGUAUCUACUGUACGGGUUGUAUAACACGCAGCUGUGCCAGCCAAAACAAAAGAUCCGAGUUGCCCUGAAGGACUGGGAUGAAGUGAUCAGGUUUCAGCGGGAGUUGGUCAACGCGCAGCAUUUCGACGCAGCCUUUGUUUUCAGGAAGCUCCGGCUAGACAGAGCCUUCUACUUCACAGCAAUGCCCAAGCUGCUUUCCUGCAGAAUGAAGAAGAAAAUUCAACAGACUGAAGUGACCCAGAAGUUUAAGGACCCAAAUGACCGUGUAAUGAAACUUAUCACUUCUGAUGUGUUAGAGGAAAUGCUGAAUGUUCACGAUCAUUAUCAAAAUAUGAAGCAUGCUAUUUCAGCUGAUAAGUGCAUGCCAGACAGGGCCCUCAGCCUGGUAAAGGAUGAUUUCUUUGACAACAUUAAGAACAUCGUUUUGGAGCAUCAGCAGUGGCACACAGACCGGAAGAAUCCGUCCUUAAAACCAAAACUUAAAGAAGGAGAAGAAGAUAGCGAAGGCACUUCCCAGGAACCAGAGAGAUGUGAAAGAGCCGAGUCUUUAGCAAAAAUAAAAGCAAAAGCCUUUUCAGCUGUUGCUCAGGCGUCCAAGUCCAGGAGGCAUCGCCAAGCCAAGCUUGACUCCUCUGACUCUGAUUCUGGAUCUGGACAAGGGCCAGGCAAAGCAGCUAAGAAGAAAAGAACCAGAGAGACAGCAGAACCGGCAGGAAGGAAGAGGGCUUCCAGAGGCAGAGGUAAUGUGCAGAGUGAACGGAAGGAAGAGAAGUCUUUACACCUGAGUAUGCCCAUAAUUGCCGAGGAGGAGGAGGAGACUGACUUCAGCGAAGCAGAGUUCACUGCACCCAAGAGGAGAAGAAAGCGCUGACCAGGAGCCUGGUGGAGUUUUAAAUCUGAGCUUUCUGACAGAAGAACAGGUUUUAUUUUGUUCUGAGCAGGAGGCUGGCCAGCAAGGACUAACUUCUGAGAACGGGGUCAUUUCUGUGAAAUGGGAGAGCCCGACAUAGGUCAGGAGUUGGAAUAGAGGUUUACUCUGAAGUUUAAUGUGAUAUUUCUGUUAAAAGUCUGUGUGAAUGGGGAUAAAGUUUGCAUUUAGAACGUAGUAGAAAGAACUGUGCAUUGGUGGAUUAUGCACCACUGUAAUGUUUACUAUUUUAUUUUUAAAAAACAUUUUUCUAAAAUACUGUUUAUAUAUAAGUGACUCGUACCUGCCAUCCAGCAACGGGUUGGGCUGUGAUUUUUGUUUAAUAGUCUACGUGUCGUGGUUAAGUGCAAUAAAAUAUUUGUCCCACUUGC